GGGCCCCCACGCGCGUGCUCACUGGGGCCGCGGAACCUUCGCCUCCGCCGCGGCGGCUUUCCGUGCGGGCUCCCGAACUAGACUUCUGUUUUCCCGCUGCCUCGCCUCCGGCUCACCGGGCGGCAGCACCAGCGUCUGCGCUGCGCCGGUCUUCGCUGCGUAGGCCGCCGACGCCCCGGGCCGAUGCUGCGCUGGCUGAUCGGGGGAGGCCGCGAGCCGCAGGGCCUGGCCGAGAAAGCUGCUUUGCAGACGAUAGGAGAAGACCAAAGUCAGAACCCCUACACUGAGCUGCUGGUCCUGAAAGCCCAUCAUGACAUUGUCCGGUUCCUGGUGCAGCUGGAUGACCACAGAUUUGCAUCUGCUGGCGAUGAUGGAAUUAUAGUUGUGUGGAAUGUCCAGACAGGAGAGAAGCUCCUGGAACUCAGAGGACACACCCAGAAGCUAACGGCCAUCAUUGCGUUUCCCCCUCUAGACUCCUGUGAGGAGGGCAGUCAGCUCAUCUUGACGGCCUCCGCUGACAGGACCGUCUUUUGGGACUGCGACACCGGCAGACAAAUCCAGAGAGUCUCCUGUUUGCAGUCUACAGUAAAGUGUGUAACUGUCCUGCGGAGACUAGACACUUGGCUCUCGGGUGGUAAUGACUUAGGUGUGUGGAACCGAAAACUGGAUCUGCUGUGUAAGACUGACCAUCUUUCUGAUACAGGGAUCAGUGCUUUGGCUGAAAUCCCUAGGGAUUGUGUUGUAGCAGCAGUUGGCAAAGAACUGAUAAUUUUCAGGUUACUAGCACCCACAGAAGAUUUGCAGGAAUGGGAUAUUGUUGAAGUUAAACGUCUUCUUGAUCACCAGGAUAAUGUUUUGUCAUUGGUCAAUAUCAAUGAUACGAGUUUCACCACUGGCUCCCAUGUUGGAGAGCUGAUCAUCUGGGAUGCCCUGGACUGGACUGUGCAAGCUUGUGAGCGCAGCUUCUGGAACCCAUCUCCACAGCUGGAUGCCCAGCAGGAAAUAAAACUCUGCCAAAAACAAAAUGACAUUUCUAUUAAUCAUUUCACCUGUGAUGAAGAGAAUAUAUUUGCUGCAGUUGGAAGGGGGCUGUAUGUGUAUAACCUACAAUUGAAGCGUGUGAUUGCCUGCCAGAAAACUGCGCAUGACUCCAACAUCCUACACAUCGACAAACUUCCCAACAGGCAGUUAAUCUCAUGCUCAGAAGAUGGCAGUGUACGCAUUUGGGAGGUCCGAGAGAAACAGCAGCCGGCAGCUGAACCUGUCCCAACAGGGUUUUUUAAUAUGUGGGGAUUUGGACGAGUGAACAAGCAAACCAGCCAGCCUGUUAAAAAACAGCAAGAAAACGGCACUACGUGUUCCCUGGAGCUCACUGGAGAUCUGAUCGGCCACUCGUCCUCCGUGGAGAUGUUUCUAUACUUCGAAGAUCAUGGACUGGUAACAUGCUCUGCAGAUCAUCUCAUUAUUUUGUGGAAAAACGGAGAGCGGGAAUCUGGAUUCCGAAGCAUCAAGUUAUUUCAGAAGUUAGAAGAAGACGGUGACUUAUACCCUGCUGUCUAGUUGAAGGAACUGGACAAAUACAUAUGUAUGAGCCUUGGACAUCAAAUACCGAGCGGCACUCUGAAAACCAUAACACACCGAUCACUUAGAUUUGUAAUGUUCUUGCCUAUGAAGUUCUGUCUGUCUGUCAGCAACAAGUGUGUCCACCCAAGAACCUAGCACAAGUUUCCACUGGACCUUGCUGCUGGAAGUGGAGGGUGCUGUGUUCUGUUUUUUAAAACGAUAGAAAAAAAGGUAACUAAAGUAGUCACAUUAUUUACAUGUUUUAUUUUGGGUUCCUUUAAAGACUGUGUAAGAAUGGUCAGGAUAAAUAUAUCCAUUCUGCUACAAA